UGCUCAGACUGGAAAAAAAAAAGCAAAAAUUAAGAAACUAAAAUUAAAAAAAAAUGAAAAAUAUCACUCCUUCUUCUCCCUCUCCUCUCCACCAUUACCACUCUCCCCAUUUCUUCCCUAUCAUUCAGGACAGUGAGAGAACAGAGGAAGAAGAUGAGUUCACUAACCGUACGGACGCCGGAGCGAAGCACCACCCGACGCCGCUCCACCACCAUUCGCACGGCGGCGACGGAGUUCUUCCCAAACGCUGCAGCAAGAAACGCCCGGAGUCGGCCGGCUAUGUCCGCGGCGGCGGAGGAGCGGUCUCCUGCAGCAAGUGCCGACCACACGCUCGAGAAAAAUUCUCCGUUGUUCCGUUGGACAACAAUGGCGUCGCCAAGCAAUCUUUCUCCAUGGCGAGCCCUAACGGAAUUUUCAAGUCGAUUGUGUCGUCGCUGACGCGGAGAAGCCCUAAAUCGAUGAACGAAGCGGUGGAUUGGGCGGCGAGAGAAGAGCAUUGGAAGAUAGCAUUGGGGGAAAUUUCACACAAAUUGAUUCAGGCGACGAGGAAGAGAGAUGAAGCGGUUCUCGAAGCUUCGAGGCUGAAAUAUUCCAUGGCGGAAUUGGAGAACAAACUCAAUAAACUCGAAAUUUACUGCCAUACCUUGAAAUCUGGACUCGACGAAUGCGCUGCAAAUCCGCGGAAAUCGAAACCAGAAGUUCUAAUCAGCGAUUCCGUUUCGGACAAAAUAAUCGAGAAUUUCUUGGCUUCGGUUUCCGAAUCUCGAUCGUCAGUUCGGCAAUUAAGCCGGUCACUGACGAUGCAACUCCGUCACAUGGGAGGCAAAAUCCACGAGAGGCUCCAAUUUCUCCUCCAACCUAACGAAAUCAAAAUCCCCCAAUCCAAAAACCCUAGAAUCUCACUCGCCUUCCACCUCGAGGCGCUGCUUAACAGAGCAUUCUUCGAGGACUUCGAAUCGAUAGGGUUUCAGAAGAACUCACCGAAUCAGAUCCUGAACCCUUCGGAUCGGACCGAAUCGAACAUCGCGGCGUUCGGUCUCCUCCACCGCCUGACCUGGGAGGAGGUUCUGAGCAAAGGAACGAGGCAUUUCAGCGAGGAGUUCAGCAGAUUCUGCGAUCGGAAAAUGAGCGACAUCGUAGCAAUGCUGGAGUGGAACAGAGCCUGGCCGGAGCCGCUGCUGCAGGCGUUCUUCGCGGCGGCGAAGAGCGUGUGGCUGGUUCAUCUUCUCGCCACCGCCGUCCACCCGAGCUUGCCGAUCUUCAGAGUGGAUUCCGGAGCGAGGUUCGACGGCGUUUACAUGGAGGACAUCGCCGGCGACGAAACAGCUCCGGCGACGGUGAGAAUCAUGGUAUCGCCGGGAUUUUAUGUGUUUGAUAAUUUGAUAAAGUGUAAGGUUCUGUGUAGGUACCACCACCAAUCAUAAUAAUUAAUUCAUGUUUUAAUAUGAAAUUAUUUUUUUACUUAAA